GUGGCGUUAAUCACAUUCUCAGGCAAUCCAUUUGUACAUUUCAAAUUCAACGACUUCACGUAUGGUAAUAACACAGCGGUGAUUCGUCAUUUGAACACGUUACGUUCAAUCAAAGGCACAACAUCGACACAUUUGGCCCUACAUGAAGCUUACGAUUUGUUCACGAAUCGAGAUGGAGACAGCGGUGCACGAGAAGGGGUACCGAAACUAGCCAUUGUAUUGACCGACGGUCAUUCACAACGCUCUCCGAGAAAUCUUGCGCAACGUCUUAAAUCCGAAGGAGUUGAGAUUUUAGCCGUUUCGAUGACCCCAAGGCCAUACGUAGAUGAGCGUGAACUGUUGGGCAUUACAGAAGAUGCAUCGAAAGUAUUCACUCCAUCCAAUGUUCAGGUGUUGAUGAGGCCUGACUAA